AUGAGUUAUCGUGGUAGAAAGCCAGCGGGUUCUGGAGCUCCAUUAGGUGGUGGUACCCUUGUUUCGCCCGAAACCAACGGUAGCACAGUGGUGACACCUACAGCACAACCUCCUUCGAGACCCAGUCCGCAACCCACUCAGGUUCAACAGUCUAUGCCCGUCCAGCAACAACCAAUGAAAAAAUACAUGUUGGCUACUAAUGCGAACUCGAAGAGCAGGAAAUUGGAAACCUUUGUUAAAAAAGAAAAUUUAAGUUCUGAAAAUAUGUUGAUUGCUGCCAAGGAAGGUACUUUUGCUUACCAUAAAAUUAAGCAUUUGCAAAGUUUCAGAUCCUUAGACUGCACGUCAAAACUAAUUGUAAGCAUGUUUGAAGCUAAAUUUGCGGCAGCUCGAACCAAGACUGAGGGGAUUGUAAAAAAUGUUUUAGCUCAAGAGGCUCAAUCCCAAUUAGAAAUUGACCUUCGAAAAGCAAAUUUCGUCAGCAUCACAAUCGAUUCGUCGAAUCAUAGAGAAAUUAAAGUUGUGCCCUUAAUGACUCCAAUGCCUUUCUAUGCAGAUCCCAACCGCUUUCCAACACCUGUAUGGCAAGCUGAUCCAUCGCAAGGUUGGCCCCAAGGGCAAUUCAUCCAACAAAUACCAGCGGCAGGACAACCAAUCGAGACUUACCAGCAAUACCCAAACGGAAUUUAUCAAGCUACAUACCAGCAACCAGCGUUUGAAGCUAAUACAUUUUAUACGGGCGCUGUUCAGGUUUUAACGAAUGCAAGACCUCCCAGCACGCCUAACCAGCAAGUCCAGCUAGCACCUCCACGACCAAACUCCAAUUAUUCUCAUACACCAAGUCCUAGUCCGGUACAACAGCAACAACAAGCGCCUGGUGGGCGACAGUACCAAGAGUAUAACAUUGCUCAACAACAACAGGGUGGCCAACAAACCUCACAGCAGAAUUUUAUCCAGACUACGUCUAAUCCGGCUUCUGAUAAUUCUCAACAACAAUCAGGCAAUAAUUCCAGGCCGGGUUCGGUGAAUACGAUAAUGAAUCCACCAACGCCGAAUCAGAAUUUUAGCCCGCAACAGCAGCAACAGCAAAAUCCUCAACAAAACUCGCAGCAAACAAACACUUAUACCUCGAUAAGCAACUUCAGUCCGAAUCCUUCUGUAAAUUAUGUAAACGCCAAUUCGGGAAACGCUCAGCCUGGGUAUCCACAAGUGAACAACAGCAGUCCGCAGCUAGAUUCACACAACUCUAGUGGCUACCCAGGCCAGGAACAAUACGGCGGACAAGAGGAGCACCAGCAUUGGCCGAAUGACGAACACAUGAUAUGGGAGCAACAGGUCAAAAUGGAGUCCAACUACGAACAUCAAGAGCAGAACAAUCAAUACGUUCAAGUAAAUAAUUCGCCAAAUAAACUAGACAACGUACACAAUGAUAUGCAUUCAUCUAAGGCGUUUUCUCAAGCAGAUAAAGUGAAUCUCAAUACUAGGAUAAAAACGAUGAUACUCAAUAAACAGCAAGAAAACAGUAAAAUGGAAGAAAGCAAAGCCGUAGAACAAAACUCGACCGGUCAUUUUUUAUCGUAUAGCCACCAUCACCACUUAACGAAACCGUUAGGUGAUGAUGGUGGCUCCCAGAAUCGGAAUGAUUCUAUAAAAGACCCACUUUUGCUACAACAAUCCACUAACAAUUCAUUGGACCAACAUAAACAAACAAAAUUUGCUCAAUCCAAUAAAGUACAAAGUUCGAAGGGCUACAAUUAUCAUUUUCCAUCUAAAAAUACGUUUCAUCCAUCGAACACUCAUGAAGCACAUAAACUUACAAACAACGAUCGAAAAAAUUCACUCAAAAAUGAUUCUAACGAAGAAGCCGAUGAUUUAAAACAGUUCAGAAACUAUCAAACAACAAAAACCGAAAUCACAGUAUCACCAACAUGUAGAAAAACACCAAGACGCAACAAAAACACCUUUUCAACUUCUACACCAAAAGCUAAGGCUCCAUAUCCAACGUUGUCGAUAGAAAAAUGCAAGCAACUCGGCAUGGAAAUACCUCUAUGUAGCUGUUUUCCUCCGAACGAGACGCCCUUUGAGCCUGGUACUUAUUACACUCAUUUGGGUUGUGCCAACACUUUAAAAAACGAAAACGAAAAGUACCUAGUUAUCGUGAAGCAAAGAAGAGGACACUUUUGUCAUUCUACAUUCAUCGUUGUUGCCCUGGUAGUUUGGGAUGGAGUAGAGCAAGGCAACGCAGAUGAGCUCUAUUCCUUACUGACGGAGAAACUGAACAAAUUCGGUCUUCCGACGAAACGUAGAUGUGCCACCAACGAUCCUAGAACUUGUGCUUGUCAAGGCUUGGACGAGAACACCUGUGGGGCAAGCUUCACGUUCGGUUGCUCUUGGUCAAUGUACUACAAUGGGUGCAAGUUUACCAGAUCUAAAGAAGUGAGGAAGUUUCGAAUGACGGAAAAAGCAGAGGAAGCGGUAGUCGAGGACAAGCUACAAAAUCUAGCGGACUAUUUGAGCCCGAUAUAUCGGUGUCUUGCGCCACAGUCUUUUAAAAAUCAAUGCCACUUUGAAAGCAUAUCGCCGGAUUGCCGGUUGGGGAAAAAUGCUGGAAGGCCGUUUUCGGGUGUCACAGCUUGCGUUGACUUUUGUGCGCAUUCUCAUAAAGACUUGCACAAUAUGAUCAACGGGUGUACUGCUGUCGUAACCUUAACUAAGCACAGAAACGUGACCAGGCCGGCUGAGGAGCAGCUCCAUGUCCUACCAAUGUAUAGGCCUGAUGAUACCGACGAAUUUCACUCUAGACAAAAUCAGGAGAUGAAGGUGAAGAACGGUGGAAUCGACGUUUUAGAAAACUACCCUUGCCAAAUUCGAACAUCUACCAUCCCCGCUGAGAAAUGUAAAAUUAGAAGAACCAAGAAAAAUCAGAAGGGAACAAAGAAUAAGAGGAAAUCGUCGAUAUCUGAGGAGUCAUCCUCGUCCAGAUCAAUUACUCCUUUAACGUCGCCAGUAAAUAGCGGAGAGCUUCAAAAUAGUCAAGUGUCAAGCACGGUGUCAGGUUUUCCGAAUAAAUUUAACAAGAGGUACGAAGAAUUUUCAGAUAGUAGUAAUAACAGUCAUGAGUAUCAAGAGUUUUUUGGUAAUAGCAGUUAUGCUUCCACUUCUUCUUCCUCAUCUCUUCCUCAAUUCUCAGUAUUCAAAACUCCUUAUCUCUCUAACAGUUUUUAUCAAGAACGAAAUGUAAAUAACUUUUAUCACCAAGACCAAUCAUACUACAGUUCACCGACCCCUAAUUUGAGUAACUACGCUUCCCAAUUCAGUAACCAUCCUAUAUACAACGCUAGCAAUCCUUUCGACGACAAUUCUCCAAACAGAAACCUAUCGGGCGAUGUUACUCCACCCAGAGGGAAAAAAAUAAACAUUUCAUACACUGACAAUGCAGAAUGCUUUCAAGACGACGACAUGGGUGGAGUUGCUAUUGCUCUUCCGCACGGUAGUAUUCUGUUUGAAUGUGCCAAACACGAACUGCAUGCUACCACUGCCCUUAAGAAUCCCAAUAGACUAUCCCCUACUCGUAUCGCCUUGGUAUUUUACCAGCAUAGAAACAUGAAUAAGCCUCAGCAUGGUUUGGAUGAAUACAAAGAGAAACUGAGACGUAAAUUAGAGCCGAGUAACGAUCUCGAUAAUACUGGUGUUGAUUUCAAUGUAGAUGUUAGUAAUUAUGUUUAUUCUAAUAGUGAUAUUGUUAUUCGAGCACCAACACUGCCGUCACAAACUGUUACGACUGUUUUUCCAAUGUAUCCCUGUAUCGUUACAGGUCCCUAUCAAGAAACGCCCUAUGCCAUUCCAGACCUACACUGA